CCUGACACGUCCCUAUAUCAUGCAUCACAAUCUUCUACUUGAAUCACUCUACUUACAAAAACCUCACAGCCCUCAUCUAUGAAGGAAACACAUAAGAAAAAGCUCAUGGCCUUCGCCAUCGGAGUCCUCGCCCUCCUUGCACUAGCCGUCCUCAUCCUCUACUUCAUAUUCAGACCAAGACCACCGGUGGUAAUACCUACACCGGUCAGCCUCCUGCACUUUGAUUUCAGCCCGGACCACACAAUCAUCCAUAGCAUUAUAAUGGGUGUCGAUGUCUUGCUCAAAAAUCGUAAUCUAGCCCCUUUCAUAUACUACGAGUCAGCAGCUGUAGUCUACUACCACGAUGUGCUUGUUGGCGAGGCUCCGAUAGCUGCAGGGAGGAUAGGGGCGAGGAAAACUGAGUAUAUAGGAACACCAGUUGAAUUACUUGUUGAUAGGUUGGUUGAUAGUCCUGAGUUUUUGCCUGAUGUUACUGCUGGUCUUUUGAGUCUGAUUGCUACCUCGAAGACACGGGGACGAGCGACUAUUUUAGGGUUUGUCAAGUUGCGUGCGAUGAUAGCUGUGGAGUGUCAUGUCAGUGUUUUUGUGUGGGAAGGUGCAAUUAGUUCCAAAUGUAUUUCAAGCAUAAAAUUGGGUUAAUUGCAAAUAGAUCCCCUGCACUAUCAUUGCGGAUAGACCCUCUGUACUAUUCAUGUGGAUAGACCCCCUUUACAAUUUGGCCGAGUGCAGAUAGACCCCCUGAGUGAAUUUUUUUUUACGCUUAAAAGAGUCAAAAAAGUUCACUCAAAUGGUCUAUCGGCACCGACAGAACUACAAAGGGGCUAUGCACA